GCUGUGCAGCAUUGAUGUGGGAGCCCUGAGAAACUGACCGGCUGGCUGGGCGGUCUACUGGGGCGCUGGGGGCCGGCCGGCGGGCAGGCAGGGCUUGGGUGCGGCCCCGCCCACAGGCCCGCCCCAGUGGUGGCCCCGCCCUGGGCUGGGCCCAGCGACCCGGCGCAGCCUGGCCGGCCGGAGUCAGCUGGUUUUCUUAGCCGGGGCGGUUCCCAAGGCCACAGCCUGUCGGAGAGGAACCGGCUGGAGAUACCUCAGGGCGCCCGGUCUGCGCUGUGUGGCAGUUGGCGGAAGCCUGGCCGUUGACACUGAGCAGGACAACUUUUUAGGCGGACGGAGGCCAGCGCCGCUGUGGCUCCCAUUUUUGGAGCCGCAGGCGAAUUUGCGCGCAGGGAGGUGUGGUCACCGGCUGGGCCGAAGGCCUUUCCUCUGCGUCUGUGGUUGGACGUUGAUCCCGGGAGCCAGUGGAUGAAAGCCUCCCCUGAGCCCCGACGGUGGCCCGGAGCGGCCUGUGGCGCGGACUGUCUGCCGCAGGGACGCCAUGCGCCGCCCCACGGCCCCUGCCGGGGAAACCCGUCCGGCCCGCUCUGCGCACCUGGAGGGGAGUCUUGCUCGCGUGUCUACCAACGACUAGGGCGAGGAAGGGCGGAGAAAUGAGCCGUCAGACUGCCACUGCACUGCCCACCGGUACCUCCAAGUGCCCACCGUCUCAGCGCGUGCCCGCCCUGACCGGCACGACUGCAUCCAACAAUGACCUGGCCAGUCUGUUCGAGUGUCCCGUCUGCUUUGACUAUGUGCUGCCACCCAUUCUCCAGUGUCAGAGUGGCCAUCUUGUCUGUAGCAACUGUCGCCCCAAGCUCACAUGUUGUCCGACUUGCCGGGGCCCCUUGGGAUCCAUUCGCAACCUGGCGAUGGAGAAGGUGGCCAACUCAGUACUUUUCCCUUGUAAAUAUGCCUCUUCUGGGUGUGAAAUAACUCUGCCCCACACAGAGAAAGCAGACCACGAGGAGCUGUGCGAGUUCAGGCCUUACUCCUGCCCCUGCCCUGGUGCUUCCUGCAAGUGGCAAGGCUCCCUGGAUGCUGUCAUGCCCCACCUGAUGCACCAGCACAAGUCCAUCACCACCCUGCAGGGGGAGGACAUUGUCUUCCUUGCCACAGACAUUAACCUCCCUGGUGCCGUGGACUGGGUGAUGAUGCAGUCCUGUUUCGGCUUUCACUUCAUGCUGGUCUUGGAGAAACAGGAGAAGUACGAUGGUCACCAGCAGUUCUUCGCAAUUGUGCAACUGAUAGGAACUCGUAAGCAGGCUGAAAACUUUGCUUACCGACUUGAGCUGAACGGUCAUAGGCGGCGAUUGACUUGGGAAGCCACGCCUCGGUCUAUUCACGAGGGAAUUGCAACAGCCAUCAUGAAUAGUGACUGCCUGGUCUUUGAUACCAGCAUUGCACAGCUCUUUGCAGAAAAUGGCAAUUUAGGCAUCAAUGUAACGAUUUCCAUGUGUUGAAAUGGCAGUCAAACACUUUUGGGCCAGUGUUUAAAACUGUUGCCUUCAGUUUCACAGAGAAUGUCUGCCUGCCAGUCUUAAACUCUCGCUGGACACAGGAAGGUAAAUAAACGAAAGGCUUUAAAUACAGGAAACAGUUGCAUGUAGUAACACUAAUAUAUUUAAAAAUAAGUCAACAGUAAACCACUGAAAAGUAUAUAUAUAUAUAUAUAUGUAUAUGUGUAUAUAUAUAUAUACACACAUACACACACCCCCAGGAUGGGCAUCUUUUGUAUUAAGAAAGGAAGCAUUGUAAAAUAAUUCUGAAUUUUGUGUUUGUUGUAGAUUGAUUGUAAUGUUGGCGAAUCCCGGUUUUUGUUUCACUUUGUUUUUGUUCUGUGUCUGGCGCCUCUGUUUUUUCCUGUAAUUGAAAGCCAUUGGGUGGUCCAGCCACCGCUCUCCCCUUCACGAGUUGACAUAGUGCUGCUGUGGUUCUGUUUUUUUACCCGGUGUGUGAGUGUAUUUGCUAAUUUUUAUUAAUUCUAGUUUUUCAUUAAAUAAACUACUUUCUUUUCUGUAAUUCAGGGCUUUCCUCACUUCUUUUGUACCUUUUUAAGGUUAGUGUCCUUUGAAAUGCAUAAUUGUUUAUGGUGCCAUCAGUCCGUGGGCCCAGUGCAUUCUUUCCUCAUUAAUCAGUUCACUAGGAGGCUUUUACACGCUAGGCUGUGAGCCCCUGAAAGGAGCCCUCAGAACUAUGGAAAGCUACUUAAAGCCGCUCAGAGAUGCUCUCUGUCUGUCUCUCACCCUUUCCCUUUGCGUUUGCGUUACACCCUCAGGCUUAUUCUUUGAAAGGUUAGGGAAUAAAUCCUGAAUUACCUAAAUACUGAAAAACCAGGCUCUUUUCUUUUUCAGAUACUUGGACAAAUCACAUGUUUAAAAUUUGUUCUUGUAUUUAUUGGUUUUGCAAAAGAAAACAUCAUCAUUCACAGUAUUUGUAAUUAAAAAAUCAUUUGUUUAAAAAGACAGUUUGCAAAAAAAAUGUUUUUGGUCUUUUAUAAUUCUCAUUAAAAGAUUAUCUGACAAAUUACAAAA